AUGUCUGCGGAGGGCGCGGGGCCGGGGCCGGGGCCGGGGCCGGGGUCGGGGUUCGAGCCGGGUCCGCUGUGCCCUGAGCACGGCCAGCCUCUGAGCUGGUUCUGCGGCUCCGAUCGGCGACCCGUGUGCGCCGCCUGCACCGGGCUGGGCGGCCGCUGCCGGGGACACCGCAUCCGCCGGGCAGAGAAGCGCGCCGAGGAGCUGCGGAACAAGAUUGUGGACCAGUGUGAGAGGCUGCAGUUACAGAGUGCUGGCAUCACCAAGUAUGUAGCGGAGGUUCUGCCAGGAAAGAACCAGAAAGCAGUGAGCAUGGCCAGCGCGGCGCGUGAACUGGUCAUCCAGCGGUUGAGUGCAGUGCGGAGCCUGUGCGAGAGCGAGGAGCAGCGCUUACUGGAACAGGUGCACGGCGAAGAGGAGCGGGCCCACCAGAGCAUCCUGACCCAGCGGGCGCACUGGGCCGAGGCGCUGCGCAAGCUCGACACGAUCCGCACCAGCCUGGUGGGCAUGCUCACUCACCUGGACGACCUCCAGCUGAUUCAAAAGGAGCAGGAGAUUUUCGAAAGGACUGAGGAAGCCGAGGGCAUUUUGGAUCCCCAGGAGUCGGAGAAGCUAAACUUUAACAAGAAGUGCACUUGGAGCCCGCUACUGACCCAACUCUGGGCAACGGCAGUUCUCGGGUCCCUCUCAGGCACGGAGGAUGUACGUAUUGAUGAGAGGACUGUCAGCCCCUUACUUCAACUGUCAGAAGAUGGGAGAACCCUGACCUUCAAUGCCAGGAAGUCCAAGACCUGCGCAGAUGGCCCAGAGCGCUUUGACCACUGGCCCAAUGCCCUGGCUGCCACUUCCUUCCCGGCCGGGCUCCACGCCUGGAUAGUGAACGUCCAGAACAGUUGUGCCUAUAAAGUGGGUGUGGCCUCGGGCCAGCUCCCCCGCAAGGGUUCUGGCAGUGACUGCCGCCUGGGUCACAACGCCUUCUCCUGGGUUUUCUCCCGCUAUGAUCACGAGUUCCAUUUCUUGCACAAUGGGCAGUACGAGCCCUUGGGGCUGCUGCGGUGCCCGGCCAGGCUGGGCGUGUUGCUGGACAUGCAGGCUGGAGAGCUGCUCUUCUUUGAGCCGGCCUCUGGCAUGGUGCUCUACACCUUCCACACAGCCUUCCCCGGGCCCCUCUUCCCAGUCUUCGCUGUGACCGACCAGACCAUUUCCAUCGUCCACUGA